AUGAGGUGCCACCACAACAAAGACCAGAGCACCAGAGAACCAGACCAGAACACCAGAGAACCAGACCAGAACACCAGAGAACCAGCCCAGAGAACCAGAGAACCAGACCAGAACACCAGAGAACCAGACCAGAACACCAUAGAACCAGAGAACCAGCCCAGAGAACCAGACCGGAACAGAGAACCAGACCAGAACACCAGAGAACCAGCCCAGAGAACCAGACCAGAACACCAGAGAACCAGCUCAGAGAACCAGAGAACCAGACCAGAGAACCAGACCAGAGAACCAGACCAGAACACCAGAGAACCAGACCAGAACACCAGAGAGCCAGCCCAGAGAACCAGACCAGAACACCAGAGAACCGGACCAGAACACCAGAGAACCGGACCAGAACACCAGACCAGAGCACCAGACCACAACACCAGAGAACCAGACCAGAACACCAGAGAACCAGACCAGAACACCAGACCAGAGCACCAGUCCACAACACCAGAGAACCGACAGAACACCAGAGAACCAGACCAGAACACCAGACCAGAGAGCCAGACCAGAACACCAGAAAACCAGACCAGAGCACCAGACCACAACACCAGAGAACCAGACCAGAACACCAGAGAACCAGACCAGAACACCAGACCAGAGAGCCAGACCAGAACACCAGAAAACCAGACCAGAGCACCAGACCACAACACCAGAGAACCAGACCAGAACACUAGAGCACCAGACCAGAACACCAGAGUACCAGACCAGAAAACCAGACCACAACACCAGAGAACCAGACCAGGGCACCAGACCAGGAGACCAUAG